GUUCACCCCAGGGCCCGAUUAUAGUAUGUACUUACUUUGUUCCAGGCUGUGAGGGGUCAUCAGAAGAAGACUAACGACAUUUUGCUAGUGGCUGGAUUGAAUGUAACUGGUGCGUCUGCAACAUCAUGGAUCGACUAUAUGGAUCUUCAAGAUGGGUUGAGCACGACUAUUCCCAACGUCUCAAUGGCACUGAUCUCGAACGCGUACGCCUCGUACCCAGGCGGCUCCUGGUAUCCCUUAAGCGUGGGUUGCUUGGGCAUUGGUGCUCCAGAUACUGUGAAUCAGAGUUUCUCAACAGGUGGAGGCCCCGCUAUCAAUGCCAGUCUGAUUCCUGGCUAUCUCUCAUCACAAAAAAAGAUUGCCUCGAACUCGUUCGGAAUGCACAUUGGGUCGGCUAACCCGAAGAUGGCUGGGUCGUUGUAUUAUGGUGGAUACGACCAAAACAGAAUUGUGGGAGAGAUUUUGACGAUGGGUGGAACGGGCGACAUCGGCAACGAGCUUACGCUGAACGACAUCUCUAUUUCAGUCAUCGAUGGGUCUUCUCCGUGGGAUUUUGGUACCUCUCAGACCGGGCUCUUGGCCGAGGGCAACUCAUCAAUCUCGGGUGGCCUCAAGACACGCAUCGACGGCUGUUCCCCCUACUUGACUUUGCCCACAUCGACAUGCAAGGCUAUCGCCGCCCAUCUGCCGGUAACCUUGAAUGAGGAUUUGGGGCUGUACAUCUGGAACACGGACGACGCCAAAUAUACCCAAAUUGUCAACUCAGCAUCAGCCCUCAACUUCACGUUUAGCGGCACUUCAAACACCGACCAGGUCACAAUCGCCGUACCAUUCCGCCAUCUCAAUUUGACCCUGGAAGCACCGCUCGUAUCCUCGAAAACACAGUACUUUCCUUGCUACAGCGGUCCCUCGAAGCAAUACACACUUGGCCGUGCCUUCCUCCAGGAUGCUUUCAUUGGAGCCAACUGGGGCAGCAAGACCUGGUUUGUAGCACAAGCACCUGGCCCCAACGUUCCGUCGCCGAACAUCAUUACUCUCGCCAGUGGCGACAAGACCAUCGAAGCUAGUGCCAACGACUGGAAGCAGUCUUGGUCUGGAUCCUGGAAAGCUCUGACUCCUGCCGAGGUCAGCCCAUCUGCUACCAUCGGUGCUGCAACUUCCACUGCUUCUUCUGAUACCGGCGGCAUCGGUUCGACUUCGAGCGGCCUAUCUACCGGAGCACAAGCAGGUAUUGGUGUAGGUGUCGGCUUGGCAGCCCUCGCCGGCUUGGGUGCCCUGCUAUUCUUCUUUCUCCGCCGACGCCGAGCAGCAGCUAAGGAAGCAAGCGCCUCCUCUUCCCCGAGCAACCCAGCCUACCCUGGCGCCAUCAACAGUCAGACACCGCAGCACGGUUACUAUGAGCCGGUCAAAAACCCGGCCUCUCCUAACAUGACGCAGCCAACUAUCUACAGCCCCCACCAACAACAUGCCUCGGUGUACCAAGCUUCCUCGAACGGCACGUACGAUCCUUCGCAAGGGAGUUAUAUCCCACCUCAACAUAGCGGUGGCUAUCAGCAGGGCUAUGUGCAACAAGGAUACCCGCAACAACAAUACACUGCUGAACUACCCGGUGGCAUGAGCGCCGCGCCGCAAGAGCUGCCAACGAAUUACCAGACACAACAGAAUGAGAUGCCGACCACCUUACAAACCCCUCGUGAGGUCCACGAAGCACCUGGCAGCGAUAUAUCCUCCCACAGGUAGUUGUGCGUUCAUGAAGUUUUUGAAGAACAGGCGUUUUAAUGAUUUGUAAAGAUUACAAGUUAUUUUCUUAUUUGCUAGUGUCUAUAUGGUGUGAAGUCUAUGCCAGACAGGAUAGAAUAUUGAGGUGGAAAAGCGCGAUGAGAUCGCCCCAGAGAUACCACUUGAAUUUAGAACAGAGUAUAAAUGUUGAAUACCACUCAUGACCCCC